GAGGAGAGGAAAGCAAACCAGAGAGGGGAGAAAGAUACCAGAGGAGCCGGAGACGAGAGAAGAGAGAGAAGAGUGUCCAAAGAGGUCGAGGUGAGGAAGAUCUUCGCGUAAAAAACCCUCCUUUUUCCGAUUUCUUGAAGGAUUCCGACGAGGCCAACCGAUUUAAUACCUCGGAGGGAUCGGUUUUCUGGGCGUUCCCGGCGAAAAUCCGUAAAGAAACGGCGGAGAUCUAUUGACGAGAUCGGUUCUCGAAGGAGAGAGUGGUAGGAGGAUGAGAAGAAGCGGGGAGAGAUGAUCUGAUUGGAUGAAAGAGAUCGAAGGGAGAGAUGGAGAGGAAUAGGGAACCGAGGAGAGGAACCGUGGCGGCUGUGAACGGUGGGUUGUCGAGGAGGAGGCAGAGGAGCAGCAGCUUGAGAGACUCCCCUGAGGAGGAUGGAGGGAUUGAGAUGGCCGAGACGACGAGGCUUCGGGAUCGGGGGAGCAAAAAGGAUCGAGAUCGGGAUAGAUCUAGCCGGAGCAAGAGGAGGAGAGGCGAGCGGAUGCUGCACGGGAGCAACAGAGACGAAGGGGAUGACAGCUCCGAAGAUAGCGUCGACGAAGAGGAGGAGUACGAGGAGGAGGACGUGUCCGUGGCCGUCCGGCUGCCGCCGCCGCCGCCGCCGCCGCCGAAUCCGGCCUCCUCGUCUUCCGUGCCUCAGAACAACCACUAUCACAACCACCAGCAGCAGAACCGGAAGAGUUUUCCAACCAAGGUCACGACGAGAUCUCCGCCGGUCUGGAAGCCAGACGAGAUGAUCGGGUUCUCGGUGCCUAGAAAAGCCCGGUCAGCAUCUGCGAAAAGGUCACAUGAAUAUUGGGUUUCAGGUGGCUCUGGAAGUGGAGAGCAGAUUCCACGGCAAGCUUCGGCCUCUCCAUCGAGGCUCAGCCCUGCCUCCACCACCCAGAUCUCACCCUCCUCCUCCAACGCCUCUGCUCGCAAGAAGAUGAAACCGAUGAGUGGACCGAAGCACCGGCCUCCCAAGGUCUCCAAGUCGCCGUCUUUGAUCCAAGAGGAUAUCGAGAUCGAGGUCGCUGAGGUGUUAUUUGGGAUGACGAGGCAAUUCCAAUGCCCACCGAGGCAGGAGACCUCCAAGAUUGAUUCCAAGGAUACAAAUGGUGGGUCGGGCAAUGAAGCCAAAUCCAGAGUUUCCUCUCCGAACUCGAUCUCCCCUGCUCCUCCAGCAUCUCAACCAUCUGUUCUUCCCCCCACCAAUUCUAGCUCUAACCCUAAUUCCUUGCCUACUGCUGCUCCAAAGAGAAAGAAACCAAGGCCUGUGAAGUUUGAGGAGGAAAUCCCCUCGAGUCCGGGGGGCCCACUUGCACCGGUAACUUCUAAGAUGGAAUCGGAGCACCAGAUGAAGGCAGGCGCUUCGUCUCCGAGAUCAGAGAAGGGCACGGCAUCUCCAAUUACGGAAAAUGGUGGUGGUUCAAUUGAUGUCUCUGUCCCUUCGGCUGCAGCAGCCCCCUUGGAUGUACAGCAGGAAUCAGCAAAGAUAGAAAGCAAUCCAGUUCCUGAUUCGAAGCUUUUGAAGGGCGAACCAGAUGGCCAAAAUCGGAUGGAGAACCAGAAAGAACCUACUCCUCCUGUAAAGGAAACUCCCUGUGCUGAUUUGGAUGUCCACCGUCGGGAAGAAACUACAGCAAAGACAGCUCCGGCAAUGGAUAGCCGUCGGGAAGAGAGAUUCUGCAUUGACCUAAUGGCUCCUCCCCCUGGGAAGUUAUCUCCAGAGGGGGACAGCUUGUGCGAAUUCAAUGCAGAUCGCAGGUCUCAGGGUCCACAGAUUGAAGUGGCGCCGAAAGUUGACAUUGAGAGGAAAGAAGAAAAGGUUGUGGAGAAGAUAGCAAAAGGAGAUGAAAUGGUUCUGGAGGAUAGGAAGGUCGACAAGUCCACGCAGGAGGAAUUCGAUCUAAAGAAGCAGAUGGUGAAGGAGAAGACUUUUGACCUGCAAAUUGAUCUGGAGAAACCGGAUAAGGACGUCCUCAGCAGCAGCAAACUCCAGCUGCAGAAGCAGCAACAAAGGUCACCUAAGGUGGAGCCUAAACAUGAGAAGCCUGCUCCAUCUGCGCCACCCCCUGCUAUGCCUAUGACAAUUGCCGGCUGGCCAGGAAGCCUUCCUCCUUUUGGGUACAUGGGUCAAGUCCCAUCUCUGCAAGCGGUGGUUCCCAUGGAUGGGGCUUCAGGAGCUUCCAAUAGCCUACAGCCUCCCAGCUUCCUCUCACCGCAGCCUCGACCAAAGCGCUGUGCGACACACUGCUACAUCGCACAGAAUAUAGAUUACCACCAGAAAAUUUCGAGGAUGAAUCCUUUCUGGCCUGCAGCGGCUGGCGGUGCGCCACUGUAUGGAGCCAAGACGUACAAUCUCAGUGUCGUGCCUCCUUCGGAUGGGAGGACCAAGGCCUCCUUUCAAGAUAACAAGGGGGCACCACCAAUAGUAGCAGCAUUUACAGGACCACCCUCGCAGGAGAGGAUGCCGGCAGCAAAUAAUGCCACCACUGAAGCUGCCCAAAAGAAGCAGCUAGUCCUCCAUCAGAUGCCCCAGUCUGGAUCAGCAGCAACCAACAUGCUUCAUGGCCCUACAUUUAUUUUCCCUCUCAACCAGCAGCAAGCAGCUGCUGCUGCUGCUGCAGCUGCCGCCACUGCCACCCGAUCUGGAGCGUCAAAAUCUGCUCCAGGGACUGGCAAGGAGGGUGCGUCUUCUGGUGCCUCCACUUCUGCAGUAGCGAGCAAUGGAACUGGUGGGGGAUCCGCAGCUGCGAUGAAUUUAAGCUUUACUGGCCUCCCCCCAAACGAGGCUCAAUAUCUGGCGAUACUACAGAACAAUGCAUACCCAUUUCCUAUCCCUACGCAUGUCGGGGGACCUCCAUCCUUCAGAGGAGCAAGCACUGCCCAGGCAAUGCCCUUCUUCAAUGGGCCCUUUUAUGCUUCUCAGAUGCUUCACCCCUCGCAGCUUCAACAGCAGCAGCAGCUGCUGGGACCGCAACCAGCUCCCCACACCCAACAAGGCCAGCACCAGCACACAAGCACAUCUAGCGGAUCAUCAUCCUCCCAGAAGCACCCACAGCCACUGCAGGCUCCGGGAGGUGGGGCCAGUGGUGCUGGUGGAAGCACUAAUGGGUUUCAAGCAAUGAACCAGCGGCAGCACUUGCUUCCCCACCAGGCGCGGCAGAAGGAGGGCAAUAAGCCUUUGGAAGAGAGCCCAUCGACCACAGAUGGUAGGAAUUUUCAAGCUCAGAAGAAUGCCUAUGCGCACAACUUUGCGGUGCCGAUAUAUCCUCAGAAUUUUGUCUUGAUGCCUACUACUGCCACGGCAGCAGCACUGGGCAGUGGUGGGGGGCACAGUGAUAAGCAGCUUAUGUUGCAGCAGCAACCUCAGCAGAACCACGGUAUGAAAGUGGAGUUCGCAACCUCACAAGCUUUUGCUAUGCCGUUUGCCUCCUUUGGUGGGGUUGCUGCUGCUCCAUCAGGCCUUGAUUUCUCUUCCAUGGCACAAAACCAAGCUAUCUUUCAGGCCCUCCCUGACCCCGCUAGACAUGGUUACAACCAGAUCGCUGCAGCAGCAGCAGCAGCUGCUGCCCAAGAAGCACAGCAGAAGAAGACCCGCCCUGAGGAUGGGAAGCCUGCUGGUGGAGAAUCAAUGGGUACAAAUGCUGUUGGUCAAGAGGAAAGGAGGAUGAUCACAGGCAGCAAAGGUCCAAGUAGUGGUUUACAACAUUCCUUUAGCUUCUCUAAACCGGAUAGUGGACCUCCCUUCUCUUCCAUGCUUGGCAACAAUGUCAUAGACAGCUCAUCUCGGACCUUGGGUCUCAUUCCGGCUCCGGCGAACCGUUCUUCUUCUGGUGCCGCUUCCACAACCACUUCAGCUGCUGCAGUGCCAAUAGUUAACAUUCCCAACUCUCAGCAGCAGCAGCAGCAGCAGCAGCAGCAGUUUCUUCAACUUCAAAAGCAGCAGCAGCAGCAGCAGCAGCAGCUUGCAUCAUCCCGCACGAAGUCUUCUGGCUCAAGCAAUAAUGCCAGUGAGCGUGCGGGCUCUAGCGUAACCAAGUUUCCUCAGGCCUUGGCUGGCUUUCCUCAAUCUCUCAUGCAAGGUGGCAGCUCCUCUCACUCACCCCAGUGGAAGGCCUCUACUACUAGAGCGGCAACACCUGCCCCUACCCAAUCUUGUGUUCCAACAGUGGUGAAGAACAAUCCUCCCCUCCAGCAGCAAGGCAGAGCACCUCAACAGUCUUGUCCUGCUCAAAGCCACCAAACCCAGAUAUCUUUCGGUGUGAAUUCAAUGAAAGCAGUGCCUGCUGGAGGGACAAGCAACCCAUCAUCCUCAUCUGCUUCUGCCAUUACCGUUGGUUCUCCCCCAAAUUCAGUGUCCAAGAGUGCCAAUGGAAGCCCACAGGCUUCUGCUAGUGCGAAACCCGGUUUGUCGUCCGCCGUGUUACCACUGCCUCACCAAUCAUCUGUCAGGAGUUCUGCAUCAAGUUCAGGCCACAAGUCUUCUCGAGCGAACAACCGACAUGCACCCUCGAUACUUGGCCAUCCGCACAUUGAUCCUGCCCCCAAUUCGAGCACGAAACCACAACAGCAGCAAGCUCAGCAAGUACAGAAGCAGCAGCAGCCAUUCUCUCAAGCUCAAUUCUUCUUCUCGAAUGUUUGCAUGCAAGCCCAGUCUCCUCAGUCCAAUGCUGGUGCUGCCGCUGCCGCUGGGUAUUAUCAAAGACGUCCAUCCGAGCAACCACCAUCUCAGCAAGCUCAGCAGCAGUCAAACUCUGCGCCAGGUUCUUCUGGGAUGCUGGCCCUUGGUCCCACAGCUGCGACAUUAGGAGGUGCAUCCACCAUGACUGAUCCUGUGAAGGCUGUUGCAGCAGCUGCAGCAGCAGCAGCGGCAGCUGCCAAUGGCAUGAAAGUGAUGCCUCCACCAGGCCUUCUUCAUGCUGCUCAUCGUGCUGUGGCUGCCCAGUCAGCCUCCGGCGCUCCCCACCCUCUUAUGCCUGCCUCAUUUCCCUAUAUGACUGUGCCGGCCGGGCCUCUGAAGCCUGCAUCUGAUCAGAAGCCUGCAGCCGGAAAUGACAAUCUGCAUGCGUGCUGGCAGCCUGAGAAGAGAUGAUGAUGGAGAUGGGGAUUGCUGCUGCUCAGAGGCGCACCUGUGGAGUUCAUCCAUUUUUGUUCCUCCUAAGGGUGCUAUUGAUGUGAGAGGACCUGGCCGGCAUGCCUACCGUCUUGGAAAGAAGGCUGUAUCCUUCUACCCUCCCCCUGCCCCCACUUCAUCUUUUGCUGUUGCUGCUGCUGCUGCUGCUGCUGCUUGGUGAAGUGCUUGCGAAGAGAAGGAUGCAGAAAGAGGAGAGCACGAAAGCAAAGGAUUGGGGAAGGAAAGGUGGUGGUCGGCCACCAUUGGCGGAAAAGGAGGGGCCAGCUUGACCUUUUCUUUUUUUUGAAAUUCGGGUACUAGAACCAGGAAGAGGUGGGGAGAGUGCAAGAGCUGAGUGGGCGGGGAACAGUUUGAAGAGCAAGGAAAUCAGAUUUGCAGAUGUGUAUUAGAUUUCCUACUGUUUCAGUUUUUCCUCGUGCGGCGGUCAAAAUGCCCACCACUCCUACCCCUUAUCUCUCUUUUUUUUUUUUUUUUUUCCUAAAGACGAAAUACUGAAGGUGAUUAAUUUAGUUUCUCCCAGGUCUCUAUCUUCAUGUUUCUAUCUACUACGUUUUUUUUUUAUUGUUAAACAGUACAUGCUUGCAUAUGGUGGGGACUACAGUUGUAAGCACUUUCUUUUUAAUGGCUCCCAAGAUUGGGUUUGGGUACGGGACUGGAUUUUUGAAUGUAAUUGGGUGGCUCUCACGUGAGUCCCGGGUUUGGUGAAUGAA